AUGGUAAAACGAGUUGCUGUCAUUGGAGCUGGUAUCAGUGGAUUGGUAUCCAUCAAGUGUUGCCUCGAUGAAGGACUCAGUCCGGUUUGUUUUGAACAGGGGGAUGAAAUUGGUGGCAUAUGGGCCUAUCAUGAUGAACCAUGUGAAACCAAUGGAGCCGCUAUCUAUGAAAGUUUAGUAACAAAUACGUGUAGUGAAAUGACCUGUUUCAGUGAUUUUCCUUUUCCUGAAGAGACACCGGUAUACUUAAGGCAUCACUUGAUGAAAGAAUAUUAUAAUCAAUAUGCAGAAAAAUUUGCACUAUAUCAGUUCAUCAAUUUUAACACAAAAGUAUUAAAAGUGACACCAACGUCAAACUUUUGCCGUACAGGACAGUGGGUGUUAAAUCUACAGACUGGGGAACAGUCGAACAGGAGUGAAGUCUUUGAUGCUGUGAUGUGCUGUACUGGACUGGAAUCAUCUAAGAAUAUGCCUAAAUAUAAAGGAAGUGAAACAUUUGAAGGAUUAAUAAUGCACAGCAACUGUUUUAAAAGAGGCUGUGAUUUUCGAGAAAAAACUGUGAUUGUAGUUGGUGAUGGUAAUUCAGCUGGAGAUGUUGCCUCAGAAGUCAGCAGAUAUGCCAAACAGGUGUACAUUUCCAUGCGAGACGGGACGUUUGUGAUUCUGCGUAUGGGACGUGAAGCAAUUCCAAUAGACAAAAUGGCUAACAAACGUAUACUAGAUUGCCUUCCUAACUCUGCCAAGUAUUACAUCGCAGAAAAAAAGAUACUGUCACAAGUGGAUCAUGACAAACUGGGGUUAAAAUCCAGUAAACGAUUGUACAAACAUCGAACAAUGUUAACCGAUGACAUUGCUAAUCGUAUUUUCUGUGGUGCUGUGAAGUGUAGACCUGUCAUAAAACAGUUGAAGAAAAGAAGUGUGGAGUUUGUGGAUGGCACGAUAGUGGAUGAUGUAGACGCCAUCAUAUGUGCUACUGGUUACAAUGUAACAUUUCCAUACAUAGAUAUUGUUGCAG